GUACAAGUCAUAAGAUUGAUAGGUGAGGAAAGUCCGGAUGAUCAGAAACAAUCCUACAUUAAUGUACCUUCCGACCUCUUACACCUGUCUUAUGAUAAUAGGCCUUUCUUCAACCUCUCAACUUCAACUUUGAGUCUAACUAGACGAAGCGCUGGAAAUACCCAACCCACUUCAACCCUACCAGCUAGCCCUACCUUUACCAAACAGAACAUACCCUUGCCGCUCCGUUUCAAACUUCCCUGUCCUCUGAGUCAAUGAGGCGAGCACGAGUCAGUUCCUGAUACCGACCCAUCUCUCCACAGUGAAAAAGAAACCCUUCGAAGACGAUUGAAAAUGCUUAAAUGCUUAUAACAUGGCCUAAUUCAUAAACAUCUAGACCAGCCACCGAAUGCACGAUGCCCAUGUUCCAGAUAGAUCUAGAGCGGAGGGAGUCCGCUGAAAAGCCAACGUCACCCACAAUGGCGUCACAACCAGACCAAGGUCAAGAAGAUAGAGAAGACAGUACACUACGAAGAAAACAAUCGGAGGAGAGCAUCAGUACGGAAUUGUGCGAGGGUCCGAUCUCAGAUAUUCCAGCACCACAAACACCAGAGCGAAAUCCCCCGACUGAAUGCUCCGAUCGAUCUGAACUCAUCGAACGACUAAAGAGAGGCGAGAGUCCGACUUGGAAACCGAAUCGACAUUUUGAAUCGAUAUGGGGCCAACAACCUGUCUCUCCUACCCGUAGUCCGAAACGUUCGAAUGCAGGUUCACCAACUCUGCUACCUCCAGCCCCGAUAACCCCAGAAAAGAAAAGUCCCGAUUCCGAUGAUGAACGUAGAAGGCGGGAGGGAUUGAGUAUUGAGCGCCCACGUUCAGCUCUCCAUAGCGGCGACUUCACACAAGAUGAAUUAUCCGGAGAUGCUAGUCCUGUACAAGAUGGCCAGCAAGCUCCAAAAAGGCAAGAUUUCAGUGGUAUUGGUGACUCAUGGUUUGCUACUUCGCCUCCGAGGGAUUUUACGCCCUUUCAAUUUGAGAGGCGGGAGAUCUCAACGAGAAGACCAGACCAAGCACCUGGGUUGUCUUCAUUAUCGUCUUCCAUCUCCUCGAGCUUCGUCUACAAGCCACCUACCAGUCCACUGGUUCAAUCGGAGAGCAACGAAGAUAUUGAUCUGACCUCUCCCAUGGAUGGCAUCGAUAUCAGUUCAAGUCUCCCCAGAAAUCCACGUCGACACACCUUCAUGUCCCCUCAUUCAGCCUCGUAUGGCAUGCCCCACAGCCCAUCACCAAUGCAACCAUCUCAUUUACGCCCAGAGAGAAGCUUUCCUUACCAGGCGCACCAGCCCCGACGCUCUCUGGCCUCUACUCCUAACUUUCCAACGACUUCAUCUUCUCCACAAACCCCUGCGCUUUUACGGCCUAGACGUCCGUCAUAUAGCUCAGACGUCUCACCGAUUCAACAUGCAUCUAUGGUAGGAUCGUACGAGGAAAGUAUCUUGCGUGGACGAAUGUCAACAACUCCCUCGAAGCCGCUUGAUUUCUUGGCACAGAUCGGUGUCCUUGGGCUGGGUAAGUGCAAGUCAAGCCUACGGUGUCCGCCUCAUGUGACAUUGCCUUUUCCUGCUGUGUUUUAUAGUUACGGUAGCUCUUCUCAGGGUCAUCCGAAGGUAGAAGAUGGGCCCAGUCCGUACGUUGGACAAAUAGACUUGGAAAAUGGCCUUCCAAAUCAAGGCGAUGAUGCAAGAUCAAAACGAAAGAUACAAAGUCGUACUCAAGAGCGUUUGCCAGCAGAAGACAAUGGAGCAGAGGCGAACCGUCGUUCUGUAGAACCAUCUGAUCGCGACACCCGCAAAACUCAACGACCCAAGCGUAGGUCAAGUUCUCCCAGGGCACCCCCUGGCGGGAGCUAUCGUAUUCCCGAAAAGGGGCAAAUACAAAUUAUUAUCAAGAACCCCAAUAAGACAGCAGUCAAGCUAUUCUUGGUUCCGUACGAUCUGGCGGGAAUGGAGCCUGGUACGAAGACGUUCAUCCGGCAACGAAGCUAUUCAGCCGGACCGAUCAUUGAGAAUAUGCCUCUGAAGGACAACGGGACGGGAGAUCGCCCAAUUCUCAGAUAUCUUGUCCAUCUACAUAUAUGUUGUCCUUCGAGAGGCCGUUAUUUUCUGUACAAGAGCAUUAGAGUCGUCUUCGCAAACCGCGUGCCUGACGGGAAAGAGAAACUUCGCAACGAGAUUACUUUGCCUGAACCAAGAUUCACUACUUACAAGUCGAUAAGAGUGAUGCAUCCUCCUAUAUCUGGAGGUACCGGCCCCGGCGCCAGUCUAGCUGCUGACAAAGCGUUUAGACGACGCAGUUCUGGGUUCUACUUCGUCGGCCCUAACCAACAAGUCUAUGAUGCUGCUCAUGGACUUCAUUCGGCAAAUGUAUCGCAUCAGUCCUAUUCGUCCGACUUCGGCGGACUCAAUACGCCAGUUGAGCCUGUUCCUCUCAUGCACAAUGGUCCAAGAGAUACGGUAGAUGAAGGUAGCAACUUGGGAUUUUCUGACCCUCAGUCGCCCAAUUCGUCUCAGACCAGUCGGCCGAAUACACAGAAUUCGAACGACGUAUCAAGCUGGAGUAGCCUGGAUGGCCAAAUUAACAGAUACGACAAACUUAAUAAGGGAGAUGUAGGUUAUGGCGGCAACCCAUUCGCCCACUUGAUAAACGGCAACACUGGUGUCGCGGAGAGUUUACUAUCGCAGAGGUUACGGUCGCUAGGAGUCCAAGGUCAAGGUCAGGCUAGUCAGGAGUCUGAUACAAUGCAGGAGUAGGACUCCGGAUUUUCUCACAUUCAUGUUCGGGCGUUAGGUGCUUGGGCACCGAUCGUCCUCAAGGUAUCGUUCAUUGGCUUCUGGGUCGGGUUGGCGAGGCUUCGCAUUAGGGAUACUCCGGCGCCUUAUAACUACAUGGCGGCUCUUUGCUUAUUUGGCUGAUGGGAUGAGAUUGGACUCCUCAUAGAGUUAGCUAUGGUCCCUAGAGGAUAUUGUAACAAUUGUGUCUCAACACUUGGCUUGUUAGAUGUGAUAAUAAGUGCUUCCUUCAAGCUAGAUAUUUAAUGUGUUCCAACUGUUACUCCGAGGUUAAAGAUAAUAUGACUUUUCGUUCUAGAAGCAACUCGUCGGUUUCAUUAUCAACUCUGAAAGGUUGGAAGUUAAUGCUAGG